UGCCCUAACUUAUGAUCUUGCCCUAAAAGGUUUUGCCCAAUGGCAUUGUUGGCGCUUUCCUCUUCUUGCGUCUUGGCGCGCGCUUCCUUGCGAGCGCCUAGGGCAAGAGCGAUCGAUGUAGAGUCUGUUCUUGCGAUCGAUGUGGGAACGGGAGGGACCAAGGCGUGCAUUGUCUCGUCGGAUGGGGAUAUUCUCGCCUCCGGCUUCGCGGCGCAUCCAGCUCCCGCUCAAUCGGCUAUGGGAGGUUCUUGCAGCAUGGAACAAGAUCCGGAGCUCUGGUGGCUCGCCACGAUUCAGGCCGUCCAGUCCUGCGUGAAAAAAUCUCGGGAUGACGGUGCCGAUUCUAGCUGCGUUCGCGGAAUCUCUGUCACCGGGCAAAUGCAGGACAUUGUGAUCCUUCCAAAGGCUGGUUGUGCUAAUAAGCAAAGAGCGAUACUUUACUCCGACACUAGGGCCGCUAAAGAAGUGAUCGAGAUUGCCGAGCUAGUUGGUGGACCAUCUCUUUUGGCUGCAAUGACUGGAAAUUUUCAAGGUGCGUCCAGUGUUCUGGCAAAGCUUCGUUGGAUUGAUAAGCACAUGGAAGGCAGCGCUUCUUUUUGCGAUCAUCUUCUACUGGGAGGGCACGACUUUGUUACCUGGAAGCUGUGUGGUUCUCUUGUCACUGACGUAACUACGGCUUCAACAACAGGACUAAUCGACCCUUCACUGCAGUAUGCUGACAAACUGAUUGAAAGGGCAGGCCUUCACCACUGGAUAGAAAAGUUUCCAAAAAUCUUCCCUCCGGACGUUCCAUGUGAUCAACCAGGGAAGGUGACGACGAAAGCAUCAGACGAACUUGGUUUUCCAGAACUACGAGCUCUUCCGGUGCUACACUCUUGUGGAGACGCUGGAGCGUGCACACUGGGAGCUGGAGCAUCAAGUCCAGGUUCGUCUUAUGUGUACCUUGGGACGUCGGGGUGGGUCGCAGGAUCUUUUCCAGUUGAAGAAAAUGAUGGAAAAUUCGUCCCGGGGGUGUUUACUUUGGGCCAUCCCGAUUCUUCACUGGUGUUCAAAACAGGAUCCAUCAUGACUGCUGGGGGAAAUCUAGCUUGGGCAGCAGAAAAAUUAACGGAAGGCAACUCAUACGACGAAAUCAACAAGCUAGUUGCAACAGCGUCGGUGGGAUGCGGUGGAUUACUGUACCUUCCUUUCCUAAAUGGAGAGCGGUGUCCUAUGGACAGUCCGACUUACAGAGCCGCAUUUCUUGGAAUCUCGGAAACUACUAGUCGUGCCGAUAUGCUUCGUGCAGUGAUGGAAGGGGUCGCGUUCGCUCUUCUUUCUGCUAAGAAAGCUAUGACCGACAAAGCAUCAAAUGAAUCAGCAGCACCAUUACGUCUAGUUGGUGGGGGCGCCAGGUCUGCUACGUGGCCAGGAAUCAUCGCUGGAGUUUUCGGUCAGACUGUAGAAGUUCUCAGCGAUCCACAGGAUGUUGGUGUUAAAGGGGCAGCUACUUUGGCUGGGAAAUAUUUUGGUUGGCAUUCCUGCCUUUCCCCUCCUGGAAAUUGGCUGAAAUAUGAGGAUUUAUAUGAACCUUCACGGUCUGAUGUUGAAGCAUAUCAAGAACUGUAUCUAACAUAUUGUAAAACAUGUAAUUGUUUGGAGGGUGUUUUUAACAGAUUAUCCCACUUUAGGGAUUGACUCUCAAA